AAUAGAUCGAAACAAAAAUGAGAGGUUAAAUCGAUACUACAAAAAUAAUAUUUAAAAAAGUAAAGAAGUAAUUAUAGGAAGUUGUGUAAGGAUUCCUCGGUGUUGGUUUUUAUUUUUUCAUUUUACGACAAUUUUUUGUUGGGAAAAAAAAUGUUUUGGUCCGAACCCGACGAGGAGGAGGAGGCGCUUCUUUGCAGCCCGGCUUUAAUGGCCAGGAGGGCGUCCGAGUCCUGGAUUGUUGCGCCCCCUGUCGAGGCGAUGCCAGUUGCAGCGAUGACCCUUCAACGAAAGAAGUCACUGCCGGAUGUGGCACAAGGUAUUCAAUUAACAGCGACAGCACCAUUGUCGAGGGAAGAAGUUAGUGUUCUAAGUAGUAUGAGGAGAGAAGAAAUCCGUAGGCAGAUCGAUGAGAGAGAAAGGCUCAGGGCCAAUCCUUUUCUCUACCUGGUCAGUCCUCAGGUCAAAGACUGGUUCUCCCGGCAACAGCUGGUGAUGCUGGUGCUUUUUAUCAACAUAUCCCUAGCCCUGAUGUUCUUCAAGUUGUUGACGUAGCAGCCAGCCAAUGAUCGGGUUCACGGACUCGUGGUGGACGUGACCUGAGACCAAAGGGUAUUUUGACGCCCUGGGUCGUCAUCAAACGUGGCAUAAAUUUUCAAGAGAAAGGAAAAUAUCAAGAAAGUAUGGUAAUAUAUUUACGAUGCCACACAACCGACCGUUGAAAACGGUUUUUUUCGAGCGACCAAAAGAAGACGAGAAUGAAAUAAAUAAAGAAAAAGAAGACUAAGAAAUGGAAAAUGAAACGAGGAAGAAUAAUAAUCUCACAUUCGUAUCCUUUUGAGGAGGAACGAUUUUAUGAGAUAGUUUUUAUCAUGGAAUUUUUAAAUUUCUACGGAAAUAAGAACGAAGAAAACCAAAUAAAGAUGUUAAUACAAACGAAACGAUAAACUAUAUUAAAAGGAUAAUUUUUCGAUUAAUGAAAGAUUGUCUAAUCUAGUCGAUAGAAAUAAACAAACAAUACAAGCAUAAAUACAAAGAUACCGAAAUGAGAAUAAUACGAGAAAGAGGAACAAUUUCCGGGCUUAUUAUUAUUUUUACACCCGGUAGGAUUUACGAAAAUACGAGGUCCAGAUUUCAAACGAGAAAAUAAUAACAAUUAAAACAGAUGGAUUAAUAGAGAAAAAAAUAAGAAAGAAAGAAAGAGAGAGAGAGAGAGAGAGAGAGAGAGAGAAAAGUAUAUUAUAAUUUAUCAGGCGCGUGGAAAUUUAAAAAGGAAAGAAAGUAAAGAAAAAGAAAAGAAAGAUCGAUUUGAUUGGUCGCGUUAACGCGACCCCCGCCGCCUUUAUCAUACCUAUUUUUACACCGAUAUUUUAAUAAGACUACUACUACGAUUACUUACUAUUACUACAACUGCUACUUCUAAUUGUAAGAGUAGGGUCAAGUCUUGUUUAUAAAAAAAAGUAAUAAUAGUUAAGCCGAAUAAUCGCGGCCGAACCAUUAUGCGCACACGAAUUCCUCCUUCGUUUAAAAUUAAUUAUUAUACAUACCUAAAAUACAUGUCGUUUUAUUUUUUCUUCCCCCACCCCCCACCUUCCCUUCUCCACCACCUACCGUUUUAUUCAAACGCGAUGCCGAUCGUCUUUUAAUUAUUAAAACGCGAGAUAUUGGCUAGAAUGAUGAUAAUAAACUUGUAUGUAUAUAUGUAUGUAUGUAAGUAUGUAUGUUAUGUAUGUGUAUGUACUAUGUAUGUACGCGUAAAUACGCGUAUAUUCAUUUUGAAAGAUACGAUUUCAAAUCGAUUCGAAAAAAAAAAUAGAAUUCAUUUUAACCGAUGAACGAGACUUGGACGUUCCUAUAUGGUUAAGAAUAAUUUUGAAGAAUUAAAAAAAAAAAAUUAAAAAGA